UAUUCAGUGACAAUAAUAGCUAUAUAAAUCUUAAACAACAGAGAAAUAUAUGGAGGAGAAAAUAAGUUUCUUUCCCCCACUUAGCCUUAUAUCCUUUGAAAGCCUUCUCAAUGCAUUUACAUGCAUGCAUAUAUAAUUUUGGGGUGUUUCGACAAAAGUUGAUAAUGCUGUAUGUUUUUUGCAGUUGGCUUUAAAAAAUCUUGGAUCUCUUUCAAUGGCUAACCCUUUAGUUCAAAACAUCUCAUAGUAAUAGAUAUACCAUUAACCAUUUCCCAUUGAUAGAUGGUCAUUUUGUUUCCAUUUUUUUCACUACUACAAACAAUGCUGUAGUAUUAUUGUACAUACUUUUUUGUGCAUAUAAGGAUUUCUCUACAAUACUUAUUAGUGAAACUGCUAAAUUGAAGAUUACAUCCAAUUAAUAUUUUGAUAAAUUCUGUUAAUUUCCCUUUUAAAAAUGCCGUGCCAAUUUACAUUCCUGCCAACAGUGUAUGAGAUUAGACUAUUCCUCACGUCCUCGCCAGGGAUAAAUAUUGUAAUUCUUUUUGAAAUUUAAGAUAUCACUUUCCAAGGUGGAGCAGACAAAUUAGAAGCAGGUUUGCUUUUUUUUUUUUUCUCAUUAAACUUUUUUAAUGGGUCUCAAAAUUCUGUGACAAAUUUUUGGUCAAGUUGUUUCCAUUAAAAAGUACUGAUUUAAAAAACUAAUAACUUAAAACUGCCACACUCAAAAAAGAAAACCAGUGGUCCACAAAACAUUCUCCUUUCCUUCUGAAGGUUUUACGAUGCAUUGUUUUCAUUAACCAGUCUUUUACUACUGAACUUAAAUGGCCAAUUGAAACAAACAGUUCUGAGACCGUUCUUCCACCACUGAUUAAGAGUGGGGUGGCAGGUAUUAGGGAUGAUAUUCAUUUAGCCUUCUGAGCUUUCUGGGCAGACUUGGUGACCUUGCCAGCUCCAGCAGCGGUGAAGACUGCUGCUGUUGUAAUGAGGCAGGCUUGAGUUUCUAUCUCAGUUUUGCCACUUGCUAUCUGUACUGUCACGGUGUUGUGGUUAAGUUUACCUUUGGGGCGCAGAAAAAGCAUAUUUAUGGUGAGAGUUCGGUAGCAUUUAUCAUUAUAAUAGAACUGGGAGCUAAUAUAGGCCAUUAGAUAGUUCAUUAUGCUUCCGAUUUUAUCAGGAAUUGGGUUGAUCCCACGUAUAGUCUAUUUAACAGGAUCAAAUUUUCCAAAAAGAUAAUCGGAAUACACGCCGAAAGUGUGGCAAAACAUUUUAACAGGUGUCGUCCUGAAAAAUCGGAGAUAAAGAGUGUAAAGCACUAAAUCAAGUUCGGUGUUUUCAGCGUUUAGACUCUGGAGAGUUGAAAUCCACGGUGUCUAUGACCAGAUCAUACAUCAUUCUCUGCAGCUACCUCGUCUGGGAUUACCGGCUGGAGGUUGCCUCUUUUCUGCCAGGAGACUACAGUUAGGAAGUGACUCCUGUAAGAAAAUCCGUCAGGAUUCAAUAUGGUCCUCGUCCUCGUAGGACACUCCAGGCACCUGCCUAGAGUAAGAUGGCGCUUUUCGUAAGCACCUCUCCAGGAGAGAGAUUUCAAUAACGAGAGUCACGCACUUGGAGGCCAUCUUUGCCAUUAUCCAAGAUGGUGAGCCGCGCAGCCCCAUCGUUUCCAGGUUUCAAUAUGGCUCUCCGUGUCACCGAAAAGGUUAAUCUCAGAAACUAACUUGAACUCGCGCGGAAGUGACGCAACAGAAGUUGUCGCGCUUUGCAUCUCCGCCUCCCGUGCUCCGCCUCCGGUCUUACGUUUCGCCCCCGGCAGCGCGGACAGCGGACCCAAGAUGGCGACCGAGUUGGAGUACGAGUCUGUGCUGUGUGUGAAGCCAGACGUCAGCGUCUACCGGAUUCCGCCCCGGGCCUCCAACCGCGGUUACAGGGCCUCUGACUGGAAAUUAGACCAGCCUGAUUGGACUGGUCGCCUCCGAAUCACUUCAAGAGGGAAGACUGCCUAUAUCAAACUCGAGGAUAAAGUUUCAGGGGAGCUCUUUGCUCAGGCACCAGUAGAACAAUAUCCUGGUAUUGCUGUGGAGACAGUCACAGAUUCUAGCCGCUACUUUGUAAUCCGGAUCCAGGAUGGUACUGGGCGCAGUGCUUUCAUUGGCAUUGGCUUCACAGAUCGGGGAGAUGCCUUCGACUUUAAUGUCUCCUUGCAGGAUCACUUCAAGUGGGUAAAGCAGGAAUCUGAGAUUUCCAAGGAAUCUCAAGAAAUGGAUGCUCGUCCUAAGUUGGAUCUGGGCUUCAAGGAAGGACAAACCAUCAAGCUGAGUAUCGGGAACAUUACAAACAAGAAAGGAGGUGCUUCUAAGCCCAGGACUGCAAGGGGUGGGGGUCUGAGCUUACUCCCACCCCCGCCAGGAGGCAAAGUCACUAUUCCCCCACCAUCCUCCUCAGUUGCCAUCAGCAAUCAUGUCACCCCACCACCCAUUCCGAAAUCUAACCAUGGAGGCAGUGAUGCAGAUAUCCUUUUAGAUUUGGAUUCUCCUGCUCCUGUCACGACACCAGCACCAACUCCAGUUUCUGCAAGCAAUGACUUGUGGGGAGACUUCAGCACUGCAUCCAGCUCUGUUCCAAACCAGGCACCACAGCCAUCCAACUGGGUCCAGUUCUGAAUGGCAUUGGCAGGACAUUAAGGACAGACUUGAGGAAUAAAAAUGACCUUGAGGGCACCAAUCUGUGAGGGAAGUUAGGAACCCAUUUCCUCCCCAGAACCAGAAUGACUGGACAAUCUUUUUCAUAGCUUCUCCAUCACAUUCAAGCUGGUUUAUGUCACUCCCCUGUGUUGUUACUUGUACAGCCAAGAAAGUAUCUGUUAUCUCCUGCUUAGUACCAAGGUAGGGGACUAGUGGAUCUUAUCAUAGUUUUGGCUGACUAUGCAGGGCUUAAAAGGCCAGCAUCUGUUUGAGGGGGAAUGACCUCUAACAUCUGUAAAAUUUGUCUCAUCUUUUAAAUUCUUUAACUUAUUUCAAAAUCAUCUCAUGACCCUUGUGUGCCUCUUUGUGAAGCCCUAUUUAGCAAUUUCAGGGGAGUCAAAAACCUUGCCACUUCCUUCUCCACUAACCCAGGACUAAAAAUGGACAGGCUGACCUCAGUGUUUACAAAUUCAGAAUUUUGAUAGGGGUAGAUAUGGAGAAAGACCUAUUUCCUGGGUCUCUGCUGUGUAGUCUCCUUCAGGCUUAUUGUACUCAGUGAACAUCCAGUGCUGGGUGCAGCUCCAUCACCCUCUUGUGUGUUUACAUGUCUCUUUCUAUGAUAAGAGGGUUGUGUUGGUGGCACCUCCACUACUCUUUUCUGUUUGUUGAGUUUGAAUUGUGUAACAUCUUUGAUCAGUGGGUGUCUCUGUAAUGAAGGAGGUUCAAGAGGCUGUGCUUUCCAAGUGAUAGUCUAUAGGAGUGUUUAAUUUCUUGCAGCUCCAUCUGGUUGCUGCAUUUGAAGCAUGGCAUUAAUUUGUAUUUGCCCUGUUCUUUGACCUAAAGUUGAAGGGUUUAGAGUUUUUAACCUGAUCUGUAGAGCAGAGAGGUUGAAAGCACUUAACUCUUGUUUAGUAUCCUCAUUGCCUUGCUGCCUGGGUAUCUGGCCCCUUUCCGUAAACAUUUCUUUUCAGUUCAUGUAGUUCUUUAAUAGAAAGCUGCUGUUAUGUAUAUUGUCAUUUGUGAAGGAAGUUGGAGAGUCACAGCUUUACUGUGACAGGUUUUGCCCAAGGCUUUGAUACCUGUCACCCAGGGUAUCUUAAAAGCAAGUUGUUCUCCCACUACUUUCCUUUCCCUCUGCCCUGCCAUUCCUUUUACAAUGCUGUGAAAAAAGUUCUGCUUCUUAGGUGAAUGGGUACUUUCUAUUUUGUUUCUAAACGAGCAAUUUUGAGGAUGAAAUGGGAAGAUAUCAUUGCUUCCUUUUUGCACCUGUUGGGUAUGUACACUCUGGCCGAAGGGAGUCCUUAUGUUUAGUUUCAAAAUAUAUUACUUUCCUGGAUUCUCUUCUUCACUUUUUCUGACUUUGGGUCCAUUUUCUUUUCAUUGCCUCCUUUUCCAGGCAGCUCUAUUCUUGCAGAGCCAUAGCAGGACAUAUUAAAAUUCCAAUAGAAAACACUAAAAGGAAAGUCUGUGGAAUCACUAGUGACUAAAUACUGGGAACCUAUUUUCUCAAUCUUCCUCCAUGUUGUGUUCUUUGUAUUCUCGAGAUGAUAAUAUAUUAUGUAUUUGAAUUCCUGAAAAAUGGAAAAUGUUUAAGAUAUAUGUAUAUAAAGCGUAUGCUGUAUUGGUGCAAUAAUGGUAAUUAAAAAUAUGAAAAAAGUG